UACAACAGGUUCAGGCGGCGGGGAGUAAGGGCAGUGCGGGCCGCCUCCCUUCCUCAGGGUGUUUUGAGUCCUCGCCUCUUUCGGCUCAGGCGCAAAUUCCCGGGCGGAGCAGGUCCCCGCGAGCAGAGCCCUCCCUCCGGCCCCCUCUGGCCGCGCCGCCGCCUGGGCUCCGCGUGGGGGAACCAUGAGCGCAUCGCCGGCUCUAAGUUCUCCACGCGCUUGGGGGGGCCGCCCUUUUCUUUCUUAGGCAACCAAAUCGUAUUAAUCUUCCAAUUUAAUUAAUCUGAGGCAGCAGCAGGAGACGCAAACGCUAUUUUCCCGCUUGAUUCCAAGACCUCUUCGAUUUUUAUUUUUAUUUUUAAAGAGCAAGACGAUGGACUGAGCAUAUCCGCACCAUGGAGUCUCGGGUCUUACUGAAAACAUUCUGUUUGAUCUUCUGUCUCGGAGCAGUUUGGGGACUUGGGGUGGACCCUUCCCUGCAGAUUGACGUCUUAACAGAGUUAGAACUUGGGGAGUUCACGGCUGGAGUGCGCCAAGUCCCCGGGCUGCAUAAUGGGACGAAAGCCUUUCUCUUUCAAGAUACUCCCAGAAGCAUAAAGGCAUCCACUGAUACAGCUGAAAAGUUUUUCCAGAAGCUGAAAAACAAACAUGAAUUUACUGUGUUGGUGACCUUGAAACAGAUGCACUUAAAUUCAGGAGUUAUUCUUUCUAUUCACCACUUGGAUCAUAGGUACCUGGAAUUGGAAAGCAGUGGUCAUCGGAAUGAAAUCAGACUUCACUACCGCUCAGGCGGUCACCGUCCACACACAGAAGUGUUUCCUUACAUUUUGGCUGAUGACAAGUGGCACAGGCUCUCCUUAGCCAUCAGUGCCUCCCAUUUGAUUUUACACAUAGACUGCAAUAAAAUUUAUGAAAGAGUGGUCGAAAAGCCUUCUACAGACUUGCCUCUGGGCACAACAUUUUGGCUGGGACAGAGAAAUAAUGCACAUGGGUAUUUUAAGGGUGUCAUGCAAGAUGUUCAGUUACUUGUCAUGCCUCAAGGAUUUAUUGCUCAGUGCCCAGAUCUUAAUCGCACCUGUCCAACUUGCAAUGACUUCCAUGGACUUGUGCAGAAAAUCAUGGAGCUGCAGGAUAUUUUAGCCAAAACAUCAGCCAAGCUGUCUCGAGCUGAACAGCGAAUGAAUAGACUAGAUCAGUGCUAUUGUGAGAGGACCUGCACCAUGAAGGGAACCACCUACCGGGAAUUCGAGUCCUGGACAGACGGCUGUAAGAACUGCACAUGCCUGAAUGGAACCAUCCAGUGUGAAACUCUGAUCUGCCCAAUCCCUGACUGCCCGCUUAAGUCAGCUCCUGCAUACGUGGACGGCAAGUGCUGUAAGGAGUGCAGAUCAAUAUGCCAAUUUCAAGGACGAACCUACUUUGAAGGAGAACGAAAUACAGUCUAUUCUUCUUCUGGAGUGUGUGUUCUUUAUGAGUGCAAGGACCAGACCAUGAAGCUUGUUGAGAGUUCAGGCUGUCCAGACUUGGAUUGUCCAGAAUCUCACCAAAUUACCUUGUCUCAUAGCUGCUGCAAAGUUUGUAAAGGCUAUGACUUUUGUUCUGAGAGGCAUAACUGCAUGGAGAAUUCUGUCUGCAGAAACCUGAAUGACAGGGCUGUGUGCAGCUGCCGAGAUGGUUUUAGGGCUCUUCGGGAGGACAAUGCCUACUGUGAAGACAUUGAUGAAUGUGCUGAAGGCCGCCAUUACUGUCGUGAGAAUACCAUGUGUGUCAACACCCCGGGUUCCUUCAUGUGCAUCUGCAAAACUGGAUACAUCAGAAUUGAUGACUACUCAUGUACAGAGCAUGAUGAGUGUGCUACAAACCAGCACAGUUGUGAUGAAAACGCUUUAUGCUUCAACACUGUGGGAGGACAUAACUGUGUAUGCAAGCCUGGCUACACAGGGAAUGGAACCACAUGCAGAGCAUUUUGCAAAGAUGGCUGUAGAAAUGGAGGUGCCUGUAUUGCAGCUAAUUUGUGUGCCUGCCCACAAGGCUUCACUGGACCCAGCUGUGAAACGGACAUCGAUGAGUGCUCUGAUGGCUUCGUUCAGUGUGACAGCCGUGCUAACUGUGUCAACCUCCCGGGAUGGUACCACUGUGAGUGCAGAGAUGGCUACCAUGACAAUGGGAUGUUUUCCCCAGGGGGAGAAUCAUGUGAAGAUAUCGAUGAGUGUGGGACUGGUAGACACAGCUGUGCCAAUGAUACCAUUUGCUUCAACUUGGAUGGCGGUUAUGAUUGUCGGUGUCCUCAUGGAAAGAACUGCACGGGGGACUGCAUCCAUGAUGGGAAAGUCAAGCACAGUGGUCAGAUUUGGGUGCUGGAAAACGACCGGUGCUCUGUGUGUUCAUGUCAGAAUGGAUUUGUUAUGUGCCGAAGAAUGGUCUGUGACUGUGAGAACCCAACAGUUGAUCUUUUCUGCUGCCCUGAAUGUGACCCAAGGCUUAGUAGUCAGUGCCUCCAUCAAAAUGGGGAAACCUUGUACAACAGUGGUGAUACCUGGGUCCAGAAUUGCCAGCAGUGCCGCUGCCUGCAAGGGGAAGUUGACUGCUGGCCCCUGCCUUGCCCAGAUGUGGAGUGUGAAUUCAGUGUCCUCCCGGAGAAUGAGUGCUGCCCCCGCUGUGUCUCAGACCCUUGCCAGGCAGACACCAUCCGCAAUGACAUCACCAAAACUUGCAUGGACGAGAUGAAUGUGGUUCGCUUCACUGGAUCCUCUUGGAUCAAACAUGGCACAGAGUGUACUCUCUGCCAGUGCAAGAAUGGCCAAAUUUGUUGCUCAGUGGAUCCACAGUGCCUUCAGGAGCUGUGAAGUCAGCUGACUGAUGAAAGAUUUCUGUUUCAAGAAUGUCCUUUCAUUCAAAAGACCAAAACAAAAGUUAAACUUUAAAUUGGACAAUUUGUGGGCAGUUAAGUACAGCUUUGUUAAUAGCUGAGUAAACUUUCAGUUCUGAGGUCUGUGGAGCUUGAGAAAAUCACAAAAGAAAAGUUGUUGGGGAAAACUGGAUCCCAACUCUGCCUCUACUGCUCUGGACGUCACCCUGAGAGAAGGCUGGGUGGGCGUACCCACCUCAGAGCCACCCUGAUACCCACCCCAACGCCAGAGAGGAAGCAGGAGCCGUGGAUCUGAGAGUCUCUGGCUUCACUGGUGCAGAAGUUUUCCUUCUAGAUUAGAGUCUUCAUGAAUCAGUAGGGUCUCACUGCGAAAAAUCAAAUGUAAGGCAGUGAAUGAAUUAUAUUUUCAGAAGUAAAGCAAAGAAGGUAUAACGUGUUAUGUACAGUACACACUCCGAAAAGAAAUCUGAAACAAGUUAUUGUUAUGAUAAAAAUAAUGCACAGGCAUGGUUACUUAAUAUUUUCUAACAAGAAAAGUCACUCCUAUUUCCUUGUUUUACUGCACUUAAUAUUAUUUGGUUGAAUUUGUUCAGUAUGAGCUCGUUCUUGUGCAAAUUAAAUAAAUAUUUCUCUUACCUUAUAA